GGCGGGGCCUGGGCGCGCGGAGGCCGGCAGCGACUCGCCAGAGGAGGAAGAACAUGGCCGUCGCGGCUGGGCCGGGCAGCGGUCCGGGGUCCGCUGGGGGAGAUGGAGACGACUCCCUAUAUCCCAUUGCGGUUUUAAUCGACGAGCUCCGCAAUGAGGACGUGCAGCUCCGACUCAACAGUAUUAAGAAGUUGUCAACAAUUGCUCUGGCGCUUGGAGUAGAGAGGACCCGAACUGAACUGCUGCCGUUCCUUACAGAUACAAUUUAUGAUGAAGAUGAGGUGUUGUUAGCGCUUGCUGAGCAGCUGGGAAAUUUUACCGGCCUGGUGGGAGGCCCUGACUUUGCCCACUGUCUGCUGCCUCCUUUGGAAAGUCUGGCGACUGUGGAAGAGACUGUUGUUCGAGACAAGGCUGUGGAGUCCCUGAGGCAGAUCUCCCAGGAGCAUACUCCUGUUGCUCUGGAAGCUCAUUUUGUACCUCUGGUGAAACGCCUGGCGAGUGGGGAUUGGUUUACCUCUCGCACAUCUGCAUGUGGUUUGUUCAGCGUUUGCUAUCCCAGGGCCUCAAAUGAUGUCAAGGCAGAAAUUAGACAGCAUUUCCGUUCCUUGUGCUCAGAUGAUACACCAAUGGUACGGCGUGCAGCUGCUUCCAAACUGGGUGAAUUUGCAAAAGUUUUGGAAUUGGACAGUGUGAAAACUGAAAUUGUUCCUUUGUUCACUACUCUAGCUUCAGAUGAACAGGACUCCGUGCGCCUCCUAGCUGUGGAAGCUUGUGUCAGUAUUGCCCAGUUGUUGUCUCAGGAUGAUCUUGAGGUCUUGGUAAUGCCUACCCUUCGACAAGCAGCCGAAGACAAAUCUUGGCGAGUUCGCUAUAUGGUAGCUGACAAAUUUUCAGAGCUCCAGAAGGCGGUGGGUCCUAAAAUCACCCUAAAUGACCUCAUCCCCGCAUUUCAGAACCUGCUUAAGGAUUGUGAAGCUGAAGUCCGAGCAGCUGCUGCUCAUAAAGUAAAAGAGCUUUGUGAGAACUUGCCUACUGAAGGUAGAGAAACCAUAAUUAUGAAUCAGAUUUUGCCAUAUAUAAAGGAAUUAGUAUCUGAUACCAAUCAACAUGUCAAAACAGCUCUAGCAUCUGUAAUUAUGGGAUUAUCUACCAUCUUGGGCAAAGAGAAUACUAUUGAACAUCUCUUGCCUCUUUUUUUAGCUCAGUUAAAGGAUGAGUGUCCUGAAGUUCGUUUGAAUAUCAUCUCCAGUUUGGACUGUGUUAAUGAAGUCAUUGGGAUCCGUCAGCUCUCUCAGUCUCUCCUUCCUGCCAUAGUGGAACUAGCUGAAGAUGCCAAGUGGCGGGUGCGGCUGGCUAUUAUUGAGUAUAUGCCACUGCUGGCGGGCCAGCUGGGUAUGGAAUUUUUUGAUGAAAAACUGAAUUCCUUAUGCAUGGCUUGGCUUGUAGAUCAUGUGUAUGCCAUCCGAGAAGCUGCCACCAACAACCUCAUGAAAUUAGUUCAGAAAUUUGGUACAGAGUGGGCUCAAAAUACCAUAGUUCCAAAAGUGUUGGUAAUGGCAAAUGAUCCUAAUUACUUGCACAGAAUGACCACUUUGUUUUGUAUUAAUGCCCUGUCUGAAGCCUGUGGUCAGGAAAUAACCACUAAGCAAAUGCUGCCCAUCGUAUUAAAAAUGGCAGGAGACCAAGUAGCAAAUGUUCGUUUCAAUGUGGCUAAAUCUCUUCAAAAAAUUGGGCCACUUCUAGACACUAAUGCUUUGCAGGGGGAAGUUAAACCAGUACUACAAAAGUUAGGUCAGGAUGAAGAUAUGGAUGUCAAAUAUUUUGCCCAAGAAGCUAUACAUGUGGUGGCACAAAAACUGAGGGAGCUAGACUUGCCUGUGAAGGACAGUGAAGAAUACUGCGCCGCUGGGCCUGACAAGAACCACUGUCUGAGACCUGGAAUGGCUGGAGAGGACACAGGGAAGGAAGAAGCAGCUGUGAGGGACAUUCAGUCUCCAUGCAAGCCCAGGUUUGGAGACACAAGUGAAGCAUCCAUAAAUAAUGGCUGUAGACACUGGCUGACGGAAUCUACCCUACUCUUUCUUCUGCACAGUCUGUCCUGCACAGACACCAGAACCCAGGCCCUAGAUCCGGAGUCUCAGCUGAGACCGCACCUUCUGCAUCCCUUGCUCCAUCUACCAUUAGUUCCACUACUUUUUUUCUUCUGUUUACCGUAUUCCUCCCAAAUUCAGUUACUUGGACCUGAGAGGGUCUCUGAGACCUUCUGGCAUCUCCUCUGGAAUCUAAAUCUUGCUGGCGAACAAAGCAUUCUGGUCAGCCUAAGGUGGGAGCCAUUCUGCUGCACAGGAAUAGUGGGGAAUAGGUGCUGCCUAAGGGUGUCAAGGUCAGUUUUGAGGAACCCAGCUGUAGGUAUCUGAAGGGAGGAGCACAAGGCAAUGCCUUGGCCAGAGGAUUAGUUCUCUGCAGGCCAGAAGACCACAGGAGGCCCAAAUCCAGAGGACCAAACCAUCAGCAUACUUGAUUCCAUCUCUAGGGCCCUUCCAGUAAGGGACUGGCUCCAUAGAGUCAGGCUGAGGCUGGUCACAAGUUUAGCUGGAGCAGCUGCCUUGGACUCCUCUUUUGUGCAUACUUUCUUGCAGUUGGGGGCUUGAGACUUACGAUUUGUGUA